AUGUUGGCGAAACAUUACGUUAUUUUUGCAGCCCUUGUUGCAGUUGCUAUUGCAGAAGUGGCAGAUUUUACAAAAUGCAGCGAUCAUUCCGAUGACAUAUGCGAAGUAAGUGAAAUCCGCAUUACUCCGUGCAAGAACAGUAAGGUCUGUAAAAUCAAAAAGGGUACAAGUCCGUCGAUGUCCUUUGACUACACGCCCAAGUUCUCCUGCGACAAACUAAAAACUGGUCUCUUCUGGGCCAGUGACUCUGGAGACGUUCCCUUCCCAGCGCUAUAUGACGCUGACGCGUGCGAAUUGACCAGCUGCCCGAUUGAAGCUAAUAAAAAAUACGAACUUAACCAUACUCUCAAACUGAGCAAGAAACUACCUCAAGGUAAAUUCAUUUUCAAGUGGAAGCUGUGGAACGCUGAUAAUCCGAGUCAGUCCUGUUGCUUGCAGACCAACGUCGAGCUUAGA